AUUACCGUGAGGUGAGGGAGAGUGAGGAACACCGCUCGUACGUAGAGUCUCUCCUACCUGACUUGAGAGUCUUGCUGUCACCUGACUCACUUCCUCAGCCUCGCCACCUACUCACCAUCUACGGCAAGGUGUUGGUAAACAGCUUCUGUCUGCUUGACGACCGCCUGACGCCCAUAGGCACCAGCAUCUACCUCGGCGCGUCCAUCAUAGACCACUCCUGUGUCGCCAACGCCUUCGUGGCGUUCCUCGGGAACAAGCUGGUGGUCAGAUCCCUCGUUGACUGGCCUGACUUGGACUGGUCCAGAGUAAGUGGCUCUCUUCUUCCUUCCUGACUCUACUAACCGUCCUUAAACUGAGUAACGUACACGUUCCGUGCUCCUUGCUGACUC